AUGCCUGGUCUCAAUCCAAAUUUAGUAAGUCACACACUGAAUAUUGAGCUUGGUACGAAACCUGUUGUACAGCCAAGAAGGAAUUUUCAUCCUGAAAUCGAAAAGCAAAUCAAAGUGGAAUUUGAGAAGUUAUUAGUUGCUGGAUUCAUUAAACCAAUCAAGCAUCCAACAUGGCUAGCCAACAUUGUUCCUGUGAAGAAGAAGACCAGUGUGAUUAGAAUAUGCAUAGACUAUCGUGAUCUCAACUGA